UUAACAAAAUCAAUAUGGCUGACUUUUACCGGUUGGCCUGUCUUCUGUCUGUUUUGAAUUUUGAUAAAAAAAUUAUCGUUUCGUAACAGAUAAACCAACGUGUCUCUUAGAUUUAGGCAUUUGUAAAAGUGCCUAUAUAUUUUUAAAUAAUGGAAGCUCUUAUACCAGUUAUUAAUAAACUACAAGAUGUGUUCAAUACAGUUGGAGCUGAUGCCAUUCAAUUACCCCAAAUAGCUGUUUUAGGAACCCAGAGCUCUGGUAAAAGUUCAGUGAUAGAAAGCCUGGUAGGUCGCUCAUUUCUGCCUCGGGGUCCUGGGAUAGUCACUCGGCGUCCUCUCAUUCUCCAGUUAGUCUACAGUCCAAAAGAAGGCAAAGAGCAUCGCUCAGCUGAAGAAGUACUAAAAGCCCAACAUAAAGAAGCUGCGUCAUGGAAUCCAAUGGCACAGAUUACUCAAUCAAUAUUUUCAGCAGGUACUCUUAAUCUAGAAGAAUGGGGAAAGUUCCUACACACAAAAGACAAAAUUUACACAAACUUUGAAGAGAUAAGACAAGAAAUAGAAAGAGAAACUGACCGUAUGGCUGGCAGCAACAAGGGAAUAUCUCCAGAACCUAUAAACUUGAAAAUAUAUUCAACCACAGUUGUCAACCUUACUUUAGUCGAUCUACCCGGUAUAACAAAGGUGCCAAUAGGUGAUCAACCAGAAGACAUAGAAAACCAAAUCAGAAACCUUAUUAUUAAGUAUAUCUCUAACCCAAAUUCCAUUAUAUUAGCUGUAACAGCUGCUAAUACAGACAUGGCGACUAGUGAAGCCAUCAAAUUGGCUAAGGAUGUGGACCCUGAUGGCAGAAGGACAUUGGCUGUUGUCACCAAACUUGAUCUCAUGGAUGCAGGAACUGAUGCAAUAGAUAUUCUGUGUGGGCGCGUUAUUCCGGUUAAACUAGGAAUCAUUGGCGUCGUAAAUAGAUCACAACAAGACAUUAUUGAUAAGAAAACCAUCACGGAUGCACUGAAAGAUGAAGCCACUUAUCUCCAAAGGAAGUAUCCCACUAUAGCAACACGUAACGGAACUCCGUAUUUAGCUAAAACAUUGAAUAGACUACUCAUGCAUCAUAUAAGAGAUUGCCUACCAGAACUCAAGGUGCGUGUUAAUGUAAUGAUAUCACAAUUCCAAUCUCUUCUGAACUCCUACGGCGAAGAUGUGUCGGACAAGUCUCAGACGUUAUUGCAAAUUAUAACGAAAUUCGCGAGUGCUUACUGUUCGACAAUAGAAGGUACCGCCCGGAACAUUGAGACCACUGAACUUUGUGGCGGCGCCAGAAUCUGUUAUAUAUUCCACGAGACUUUUGGACGCACUUUGGACUCCAUACAUCCUUUAGUAGGUUUGACCCGCAUGGACAUUUUGACCGCGAUCCGCAACGCUACAGGCCCUAGACCGGCUUUAUUCGUCCCUGAGGUAUCUUUUGAGCUUCUGGUCAAGCGACAGAUUAGAAGACUGGAAGACCCUUCGUUACGUUGUGUUGAACUGGUACACGAAGAAAUGCAGAGGAUCGUUCAGCACUGUGGCACAGAAGUCCAGCAGGAAAUGCUACGUUUCCCACGCCUGCACCAGCGCAUCGUCGACGUCGUCACGCAGCUGCUGAGGACUAGAUUGCCUCCGACCAAUUCUAUGGUGGAGAACCUGGUGGCUAUCGAGCUUGCGUACAUAAACACGAAGCACCCCGACUUCCACCGCGAGGCGGCGCUGGUGUCCGGCCUGCUGAAGAGCGGCGACGACGACCACAGUCCCGUCUAUAGACACAAGACUCCCAGGCCUUCUCCCUCACCGGUAUCCAACUUGAUCAAACUGUUUCUCCGACAAAUGGGUGAAAGAGGGUCCGCCCUAGUAUUCUUGGCAAGCGUAUUGGACGCGUACAAGAAUGUUCCCGCUAUAACCGAUGGUCACGAGAAAUCUCCACAAAACAUCAGCGAAACACCGUCGACCCCACAGAUCAACGGAAUGCCAGACAACAAGGCACUGACUCCUCAGAAGCCAGUGAACCUUCUGCCCGAAGUACCGAUCCAAACAUCACGUAAACUGUCAGAACGUGAACAACACGACUGUGACGUCAUAGGUGGACGGAGCGACAACACAACAGUCUUAAACAGUAACGUAAAGACAGUAGACGGCAUCAACGUGAUGCAACUGAAUCAAAUGGGUGAUUUAGUUGAGAGACUGAUCAAGUCUUAUUUCUACAUCGUCCGGAAAUCCAUUCAGGACUCUGUACCAAAGGCUGUUAUGCAUUUCUUAGUGAAUUUUGUGAAGGACAAUCUGCAGUCCGAGCUCGUCACUCACCUGUACAAGUCUGACCAGGCCGAGAGCAUGCUCAACGAGUCUGAGCACAUCGCACAGCGGAGGAAGGAGGCCGCCGACAUGCUAAAGGCUUUACAACGUGCCGGUCAAAUCAUAAGCGAGAUCCGCGAGACGCACAUGUGGUGAUGGUCCUCAGACGAACGAGACUCUAGUCUGUGAAAUAGUGAAAUGAGCGGACAGCUCUGUACAUAUACUGUUUAGUUUAAAAUCACAUUGGAUAUGUGUAUAUUAGCCUUUUUUUUACAUGAGACAUACAUUUGCUCUGAGGUUCUGCAGCUCUCUUCAACGUUACAAAUACAUGACAAAUAUGUCGAGAACCAAAAAAAAAAUGAAAUGAGUCCGAGCAGAAAUUAAUUAAGCAAAUGCAUGUCAAUUUUUAAUUGCCGGUGUGACACGAUUUAUUUCUUGAUAAGAAGAGCACCCGUAUGUCUGUGUGCUUAGUGCGAGUUUUUUAACUUCUCGAUCAUGUAAAAGUUAACUCAGAAGGGUGGCUCAUUUGCGUUCUAGAUGUCCAUGGGCUCCAGUAACCACUUAACACCAGGUGGGCUCGUCCACCCAUCUAAGCAAUAAAAAAAUCUUAUUUGUAUGGAACAGCGCCCCUAGCGGUAAACGUAGAGAAAUUAAAAAACUCGCAAUAAGUAUGCGUAGAAUUUGUGUUUGUAUUAUGUAAACGUGCUUCGGUUGACUUGUUUGUCGUAACAUUGGUUUUGGAAACCCUCUAGGGUAGUCUGAUGUUAUAUCGCGUGUAUUGUUAUUAUUGAAUGUUGCACGAACGCACUGUAUUCCUAUCGUCAGUUACCAUUUCAUUGCUUAUGCACGUUAUAUAGAUAAAAUGAACUAUACUCACAUAUAAAAAUGUAAAUCUGUAGUUUCCUUAAACGGUGAUAUUAUUUUUAUUGUCUGUACGUGUCUCGUACCGUUUUUGAUUAUGUUAUAAAAAUGUAGUGAAAGUCCGAUGUGGACUCUUAUUAAUCUGUUUGUUAACAGGGUAGAAAGGUCAAACAGCACUGAAUGACUACCAAAAUGUAUUAACAAUGAAAUGCGGUUUAGUAAUAACGGAGUAGUUCCUUGUACUACGUUUAUUUAAUUUUUCGUAUCAGUCAUUAAUUCAUUCAUUUUCGAGUCAUCAUAUUGUGUCAUGUCCAUUUUAGUAUAGAGCGUUUCAAUGUCGAACCUUUAUUUAUUGUUGUGGUGGUUCGUAGUCGUGAUCCGCUUUAUGUGUUGAACGAAUUGAAUUUUACGAACAGUAAUUAUUUUAAAGUCUGUUAAAAUAUUAAAUUAGGUUCAUUCUAAA